GGUUUGCUCACAGAUAAUUGCGUUAUAUACAGCUACCUAGCUCGAGUAAACACUUUCUCCAAGGAAGUGGUCUAGAGAUUUGUUUGAUAUGGGAAGGCAGCAGCGGUUAGAUGAAGGAAUGAACAGAGGACCUUGGUCUCCUGAGGAAGAUGAAAUACUAACAAACUAUAUUAAACAUUAUGGAGUGGGAAAGUGGACAAGCGUUUCUCGAAGAGCUGGGCUAAAGCGAUGCGCCAAGAGUUGCAGGCUUCGAUGGUUGAAUUAUCUCAGACCUAAUAUUAAGAGAGGCAAUAUCUCUGAGGAUGAAGAAGACCUCAUUAUCAGACUUCAUAAGCUCCUAGGCAAUAGGUGGUCACUUAUUGCCGGUAGAUUGCCAGGGCGAACAGACAACGAAAUAAAGAAUUACUGGAAUUCCAAUUUGAAAAAGAAAUUUGAGCACAAAAAGAGCACUCAGCUACGUUCCACUAAACAUCUGCAGCAUCCAUCACAAGAAUCGAAAGCACCGGAGACAUCGACCCAAGAACUACUCGCCAAGACCAUUGAGAAUCCUAUACCUUUGGACAAUGGUCAUGAUCGUACGACUGAUGAGAAGCUAUUCGAUUCUUCUUUAGCCCCGGAGGAUGACUAUCCAUUGGAUCUGCUUAUGGAUUUCGACCUAAAUGAGUUACUUUCAGUGAAGAGUACUGUAAUCUCAAAUGAGAUAGAUGGAUGCCAUGAAACUAAUGUUUCAGCAGAAGCAGAAGAUGCCUCGAUCGACCCAAAUAUUAUGGUUUCAAGAGGUGACGUCCCAACCCAACUUGAUGUUUUGAUUGGUAACACAAUAAGGGCUGAAUAUCAGAGUCCAUUUGGUCCUUUUCAACCUUACAAUGCUUUCGACAUCCACAUAUUUCCUCCUUAUCUAAGUUUAUUAGAAUAGGGAAAGAGUCGUCGAUACUAAAGAACCUGCAACGUUGUAAUAGUCCAAUAAAAUGGAGCUUUAGUAAGCAGUCCUUUCUCUCCCUCUGUAGUCCUAUUUCAUGGGUUUGGUGUCUGUAAUUUGGUGUCCUUGUGGAAUUUGUAUUGAUAAUAAGAAUAUCAUUGCUAAUAUGUGAGCUACGAAUAAGAAUUAUAACUUUUGGUUUGUCA